AUGUACGACAAACUCGUUUCGCUAGGCUCGCGCCUACAUUACCCCAUAACCAUCACGAAACUCCUCAAGGCGCCCGGAGACUCCAUCAAGAAACAAGAAACCAUUAUUGAGUAUAAAUUUACCUGGCGGCGGAAAGUGAGCGACGAUGAAUGGGCCGACGAAACGACCUACACCGAGUACGACAGCCCUGCCGAGGGUAAACUGAAGGAAUGGCGCAUCAAAGAGGGCAUGGUCAUCAGCGCUGACCUCCCUUGUAUGCUGGUCGAGGAGGCAUGCGGCCACGAGGUCCAGAUCCAAGGACUGUGCAGUUUAUGCGGCGCCGACAUGACCGAGUUCAAUUGGGCCACAGAAGAACGGGACACCGAUCGCGCAAUGAUUAACAUGACCCAUGACCAGACGGGGUUGAUGGUCAGUGAGGGUGUCGCAAUGAAGGCCGAGCAUGAUACCCAAAAGCGACUGCUUCGUCAGCGCAAGCUGAGUCUUGUUGUCGACUUGGACCAGACCAUUAUCCACGCCUGUAUAGAGCCCACGAUCGGCGAGUGGCAGAAAGAUGAGUCCAAUCCUAACCAUGAGGCUGUCAAGGACGUCAAGAGCUUUCAGCUCAAUGACGAUGGACCAAGGGGAUUGGCAAGUGGCUGCACGUACUAUAUUAAGCUCAGACCUGGCUUGCACGAGUUUCUUGAGGAGAUUGCAACCAUGUAUGAGUUGCACGUUUAUACCAUGGGCACGCGUGCAUAUGCACUGAACAUCGCGCGAAUCGUCGACCCGGACAAGAAGCUGUUUGGCAACCGCGUCAUUAGCCGAGACGAAAACGGCAGCAUAACUUCAAAGAGCUUACAGCGACUGUUCCCAGUCAGCACCAACAUGGUGGUCAUCAUUGACGAUCGUGCCGAUGUAUGGCCGAGAAAUCGACCAAACCUCAUCAAGGUCGUGCCUUAUGACUUCUUCAAGGGCAUUGGUGAUAUCAACUCCAGUUUUCUACCAAAGCGGACGGACAUUCUGCCAGCGCCCCCGCAAUCCAACGGCUUGUCAAUAGCACCAAACAGCAGCAACGGCUCGAAUGGCACGUCAACUGAUGGAAAGACUUCGCCCCUCGAAGAAAUCGCGAGAAUGAGUGGCGCCGCCGAUGAAGUUAGUUUGAAGAUUCGAGCAGAAGAACAGGAAAAGUCGCUGGAGAAGCAGUUGACAGACCGGCCCAUGCUGCACAUGCAGGAGCAGCUGGAUAAGGAAGACGAGCUGUCAGCCCAAGACCCAGAGACUGGAGAUGCGUCCGUGAACCACCCGAGGCAGCAUUUGCUUAGCGACGACGACGAGGAGCUUAUCGCCCUACAGGAUCACCUUACCGACCUUCACUCGUCCUUUUACGAAACCUAUGACCGGAGACGAGAAGAAAGACGACAGUCGGAGCCCACACAUCCUCCUGGGCACAGCAAACCGCGACGCAAGUCAUCCGUGGAUGAUGGAGUGGACUUGUCCAUGGUACCAGAUGCUGGUGACAUCCUCGAUGAGCUCAAGUCUAAUGUUCUGUCCGGCCUGGUGAUUGUUCUUUCUGGACUGGUACCACUGGGGGUCAACAUUGAAGAUUCCGAGAUUGGCAUGCAGGCGCAGAGUUUUGGUGCCCAGGUCCUUGACACUAUAUCUCGACGAGUCACUCAUUUGGUUGUAUCACUGGCCCGACCAAGGACGAAAAAAGUGCAACAAGCUGCGAAAAUCCCGAGCAUCAAGGUUGUAAAUCAAAACUGGCUCAUUGACUGCCUCAGCCAAUGGCGUCGAUUGGACGAGAGACCGUAUUAUCUUAAUAUUGCGUCGGAUCGCGAGCGCUCUGAUGACACUACGGAGGCUACCUCAGAAGCCGAAAACGCCGAGGCUGCGGAAGCUCGAGACCUCAAAGACUUUGAUUGGGCCACUGCAGAUAAGGAUCUAGAGGAGUUCCUUGGUACAGAUAAUGACGACGAAGAAGACGAUGACGAUGAGGACGAAGAAGACGAAGAAGACGAAGAAGGGGCCGGUGACCGAGACACGAGGAUGGACGAUGCCGUUGAUAGUGGUGCUGAAGCGGACAAGGACGGGGACACAGACAGUAGCGCGCCAAACAGCCCCGCAAAGAAGGGCAAGAAACGAAAACAAGCCACCCGAGACGAUGAGUCGGACGGCGACGGGCCUAGUCUAGCAGGGGAAAGUGUCCUGGCCAAGAAGCAGCGUCUUGCUCGAAAUCGUGGGGCGUCUGGGCUGAGAUCCGUACGAAGCACGGCCAAUGGAGAUGACGCCGAGGACGAGGGCAGUACUUUGCCUACGCCUGUGCCGACUAACGACGAAACACUGGCGAUCAGCAAGAAGGCUGCUGCCAUGGAGCUGGCGCGUGACGACGAGGGGGAUGUGGAUGACGAUGAGUUGGAACGAGAGCUGUUGGCGGAGCUGGAGGCUGCUGAUGAAUAG